AGAACUCCGUGCCAUGUGCUUGUUUUUUACUUUAGAAGUAGUGUGAAGUUUAUUCGCGACUGCUUGCUACCAAAGUGCACGUCACAAAUAAACCUGAUAUACCACAUACCGACGUGCGAUCUUAUGAGAGUUGGUUUACUCGUAGACAGUGUUCGAUAAAUAUUAUACUUUGGACUAGCACGACCUCGUCCUGUCAAGAUUUAAUAAAUUAUGUGCCUUUUUCUGAGUAACCAGAGUUUGUGUUGUGAAAUGACAUUGACAAGUGAGUGCGCGGGAAAAUUUGACGUGUAAAGUUUGUCGUACGUAUUUCGCAUAGUUAGUUUCACAUUAUUGUGAUUUGCCGUGGAUUCUGUGGUGAAAGUAAAGCUAUGUGAUCGUGCACUACCAGUCCGGUGACGUUGCCAGCAUUAUUGCAUGCCCUUGCAUGAUUGGCAACCCACCAUAACUCGCCAACUAUUCAAGUGUAUUUCCGCGCGGUAACUUUGAAGAUCUGAUCAACAGUUAAACUCAACACACCAUCAUGGCAUUCACGAUGAAGGAAGGGGGGUUCGGGGUGGGGGACUACGUGGCAUUCGGGAUACUGUGCGCGGCGUCUUGCGCAGGCGGCAUCUGGUACAGCGCCAUGGGAUCCAGGAGUAAGGCGAUAGUGGACAUCAAGGACUACUUGUUAGGUGGGAAGGCCAUGUCCACAUUCCCAGUUGCUAUGUCACUUAUUGCAAGUUAUGUUUCUGGAGUGACAAUCCUGGGAACCCCCGCGGAGAUCUACAACUACGGCACCCAGUACUGGCUGGUCAUAGUGGGCGUGGCUCUCAGCUGUGUCGUCGUGGUGACGGUGUACCUGCCAGUAUUCUGCACUUUGAGGCUAUCGUCUUCAUAUGAGUAUCUCGAGCUGCGAUUCAAUCGGCACGUCCGUGCUGUAGCUUCAAUACUUUUUCUAUUAGAUGAGGUACUAUUUCUUCCUAUGGUCGUGUAUGUUCCAGCAUUAGCAUUUAACCAAUUGACGGGACUCAAUGUAUUCGCCGUUGCAGGGAUCAUGGUCCUCAUUUGUGGACUGUACACAGUGUUAGGUGGUCUCCGAGCUGUGGUGUGGACGGACUCGGUGCAGACCGGGGUGAUGUUCAUAGGUGUGAUCCUGGUGGCCGCUGCGGGGACCCUGGCCGUGGGUGGGGUCAAAGCUGUGCUUAGUAUAGCCAGCGAUUCGGGGAGGAUAGAACUUUCUAAUUGGAGCUUCUCCCCCUACGAGCGACAGACGGGAUGGGGCGCAGUCCUGGGAGGGUUCUUGUACUGGACGUGCUUCAACUCCGUCAACCAGACGAUGGUGCAGCGGUACAUCUCGCUGCCCUCGAGGAGACAGGCUGUUGCUGCGAUUAGCAUAUUCUGCAUCGGAGCCAUACUGGCGAUCUCCCUAUGCGUGUGGUGCGGACUGGCCGCCUGGGCAGUUUGGGUGCAAGGCGGGUGCAGUCCUGGUGCAGCGCCUCUAGUGGACGACAGGCUACUGCCAGCCUUCGUGACCUACAUCUCUAAGCAGCAGCACUUGCCGGGGCUGGCUGGCGUGUUCCUUGCUGGCGUCUUUGGAGCUGGGUUAAGCUCGCUAUCAGCAGUCCUAAACGCAUGCGCGUUGGUGGCCGUUGAGGACAUCAUGCACGGCUGGCUGAGGAUACACCUCAAGCCUUUGACGGAGGGCAUCAUAGCUCGCCUGGUGACGGGCCUGUUGGCCAUCAUUUCCAUUGUAAUGCUCAUCGUCAUUGCCAAGCUGGGUGGUGUCCUUGGCGUAGCAACAGCUUUAUCAGCUAUCGCCGCGAGCGCUACCUGUGGUAUCUUCACGCUGGGUAUGAUGUGCUGGUGGGUGGGCCCCCGGGGGGCCAUCGCGGGGGGCAUCGCGGGGGCCGUCGUGGCUGGGACAGUAUCUCUGGGCACCCAGGCUGCAGCUGCCAAGGGCCUGAGGGCCCCUCCCUUGAAUCUGACUAUGGAGUGCGCGAGGAAUUCGUCUUUCGUCUUCGAGAAUGAUUUGAAUCCCGAGACGAUAUUCCCCCUAUUCCGUUUCUCGUACCACUGGAUAGCGCCGCUCGGUCUCCUGGCUACAGUGACAGUUGGCGCGUUAGUGGGCUGGUUCUUCGACAAAGACACUGACAUGAAGUUAGACCAGGAACUGUUCACGCCAAUAGUCUGGAAGAUACUCCCCAAGGAAGCCAGGGAAAGGGCAGGGGAGACGAGAAGAGCGCUAGCGCAAAAAGUCGAGUCUCCGAGGCCAUCUUCGCCGCUUAUCAUGGCGAGGAGUGCGGAUAAGAUUGAAAUGAACGGCCAGGCCAGUAGAUGAAAAUGGCAAUUCGACAAGACGGUGAAGCUGAAAAUUAAGUAUUUAUUUCAUAUAAUAAGCAAAAUGCUUCAACUUUUGGAGCUAAACGUAGUACAAUAAAUGUACGAAACUAAUUAUUUUCUUUAUGCGAUGUAUGUGAGAAGUAAGUAGGAUCGAUAUCGAUACUAUGUUGAUGGUUUUUUCCAUUUUCUGACUGUAUAUUCAGGACUAGGACCAAUCCAUUUAUAAUCCAUCAAUGUACUGGUGUUCAUUUGACACCAAGUUAGUGAACUAUAAAGUGCCUAAAUUUUAUAGUUGUUGCAAUGUUUGUUGAGACCUUUACGAGAUCUUGUGAAUCUUUAUAAUAGAUUUUGUACAAAUGUUGUAAAUAUGUAUGUAUUUGUGUAUUAUAAUAUUGUUAUAAUAACUGUAGGUUUAUUUAAUGAAGUAGGUAAUAAACAUCAUGAAAUUAAGGACAUUAAUUGAAGUUAGUGCGGUCUGCCAUCUAAAAUAAUUGUUUACAAAUUGAAUCUUGAAAAAUAUCCGUAUUAAAGAUUAGAUGAUUGCCUUAGAUGACUUAAGUAAAUUAUUAUCCAAUAUUUUGGCCAUCUUGUUAGAAAAAAAGCCUUUGGCUUUAUAAUUAGCUUCAUUAUUUAUUCGAUAGAAAGUAAUUUAGUUUUUAGCAAUUUAAUUGGUAUUAGAUUUGUUAAGAUUUCUUUAGUUGUAGGUUUGCAGCAUUUUGAAUAUUAGUUAGUAGGAAAAGGAAUAGUAUUUUUCGAAAAUCUUUUGUCUCAGUAUUCUUGGUACUUAAAUAGAAAUAAAAUUGUAUUAAAUGCAACUAUAGCCUGACCAGGAACAUAAAAACCCUGACAUAGAGGCGCGUCAAUUGCAUUUGAUAGUGCAACACUGAGUACAGUCGUACCUGUGUUAAAUUAAUAGGCUAACUUUAUGUAUCAGGAUUCAGGAUUACGGGCUAAUUUGAUAUUUUCAUAAAUUAACGAAAAAAUAUUAUUAGAGGUAACCUGGUUUAAAUAAAUUAAAUGAAACCAUCAAUCGAGCUAGUAGGAUUUAUUUUAUUAUUCAUCAAUAAUCAAAUUCAGAACUUGAAUAUUCAACUGCAAUGUUUGCUCAUGAACGCUUCAAACUCGGUACUUUUUUCCCAAUUCCAUAAAAUUCAACACUUAGAAAGUGACAAUUUUUUUAAAAAUAGGUAGUUAAACAAACCACGGCUAAUUUUCAUAGUGGACUGUACUAUGCGAUAAACAUGUCAGUCAAUUUGACAACCUUUGUCGGAAACAUUAUUCAAUGAAAAUAUUGUCCGAACCCUUAGUACCUAUUUCUCUUCGACAAAUACUUUAACACAUUGUGAACCACUUUUAUUUCACGACUAUAAAAAGAUUUUAGCAAUUUAAUUCACAAAAUCAAUUGCGCACAUUUAAAAUAAAGUUUGUUUACACUUUGACAGCAAUAGACUGACAUGCAAGGUGACAUGUCAAUGAAGUUUUCAGUUACUGUUGCCAUUAAAAGAAAUUAGUACCAUUAGUUUUCCGCAACAUGGCGAGGGUUUUUAUGUUCCUGGUCGGGCUAUAAAUUGAAUAUUUGACAUCGGUGCUAGGUAAUAGAAUCGAAAUAUCUUAAUUUUAUACGUAAUAAUUUUGUUUAAAUGAUUAGUUCUUGACGCACAAUAUUAUAAUAGUGUGUAACAUUAGAAUUUUCACAGAAGCAGGCAUUCCUCAUACAUCAGCAUUUUAAUUUUUAAUUUAUAACAAUUAAAACAAUAUUGGGACUGCCUGAUAUUAUCUUGAAUAGUAAACAGCCUAAUUUCUUUCAGCUUUAUUUCAGUACUAUACUAAACUUCUUCUUUACAUUUUCUUAGACCCAUACUUACAUGCGUACGGAUGGUUCCGUAUACCUAUUAUACUUAAUUGCAAAUAAAUAAAUAACUUGUUUGAAAAUUUCAUAUGUCUAAAUAACACUUUUAUUUUCGAGUAAUAGAUAAAAAUUGAAUACUUUAAAAAAAGCUUUUAGGUUUUAUUUUAGAUCGCACGCAACUAAACCUCAAUUUUAGUAAAUGUACUAAAAGUAAAAAUGUGAUAACAUAGAAGAAUCAAAUUGUGAUCUUGUUGAAAUAGCAGACGUAUAUGUAAAUGUGUAAAAUAUUGUGUAAUAUAAUAUGUAUUAUUUUUCUAAUGGUGAUACGUACGUAAGUAAUAAAACAUAUUUUUUGAAAUGGACUUGUUGACGUUGAAUUAUUGUUGAAAUUGUACAAUUUGUAUGAUAUAAUGUAUUAUGGAAUGUACUUACUGUUUACGUUCACAAUUCGCAUAUUUUUGACAGUAACAAUGUACCUGACUGAGCGAUGCGAAUAUUUAAAUUGUUAUCAUGUUAGGCUGUUUUUAAAUAAAUGUAAUAUUCAUA